AUGGGUGGAAACAGCCGGAAAACGACUGGUUUGGACGCAAUAUGGCAGGAUACGGAAUGGGCUAUUGGUCAAUGUCUGAUUAUGGGCUGGGAUGGCACUGAGGUGACGCCCCAAAUCAGGAGUCUAAUUGAGGAUCAUCAUCUCGGGUCCAUUAUACUCACAGCCAAGAAUCUCAAAUCUGCCCAACAGACAGCGCGGCUUGUACGGGAACUCCAAACUAUCGCCCAGCAAGCAGGUCAUCCGCACCCUCUACUUAUCGCUCUUGACCAGGAGAAUGGUGGCGUCAACAGCCUCUUUGACGAAGACUACGUCUGCCAGUUCCCCAGUGCCAUGGGCGUGGCCGCCACCGGCCAACCUGACAUAGCCUACGAGAUCACCAAGGCUACGGCCACUGAAAUCUCAGCGUGCGGUGUCAACCUGAUGCUGGGCCCCGUCCUAGAUGUUUUAAACAAUGCACGCUAUCAGCCCCUCGGCGUUAGAGCUACUGGAGAUGACCCUCAAGAGGUCUCCCAAUAUUGCCUUGCUGCGCUAAAGGGUAUCCGGGACGCCGGCAUGGCUUCAUGCGGCAAGCACUUUCCAUCUUAUGGCAACCUAGACUUCCUUGGAUCCAAUCUCGAUGUACCAAUCAUCACACAAACUCUAGAGGAGCUGAGCCUCAGCGCCCUCGUCCCAUUCCGAAACGCAAUUGCCUCUGGCAAGCUGGAUGCCAUGUUUGUCGGUGGCUGCGGCAUCUCCAACCCUUCGAUGAACGUGGGACAUGCCUGUCUUUCAGACCAGGUCGUGGACGAUUUGCUGCGUAAUGAGCUUGGCUUUAACGGUGUUGCCAUCUCCGAGUGCCUGGAGAUGGAGGCCCUGAGUCACGAGCUCGGUGUCCAGAAUGGGGUCGUCAUGGCCAUGGAGGCGGGGUGCGAUCUGCUUCUCCUCUGCCGUGCGUACGAUAUUCAGCUCGAGGCCAUCAAGGGGCUCAAGCUCGGUGUUGAGAACGGCAUCAUAACCAAGAACAGGCUGCUCACCUCGGUCAAGCGCGUGCUCAAGAUCAAAUCUACCUGCACCUCCUGGUCAAAGGCUCUUCAGCCUCCUGGCACCUCUCUACUCUCUCAGCUCCAUCCGUCUCAUCUUGCACUUUCUCGCAAGGUUUAUGACGGUUCCAUCACCGUCAUACGUGAUAAAGAGAAGCUUCUUCCACUGUCGUCGACUAUGCAUCCGUCGGAAGAGCUUCUACUUCUCACUCCUCUCGUGAAGCCCCUACCGGCUUCCAGCUUGAAGAAGAGUUUGGUAGACUCAAGAGUAGACAGACGAGAAGACGCCGUGACGGCUCAUGAUCACUGGCUCCACAGCAGUCGUAAAAAUGGGCCCAACAUGAGUGGCGAAGGUGUAUUUCGAGAGUUUGGGAAGGGGCUGGCUCGAUCGCGCAACGGGAAGUUGCUCCAUACCAGCUACACUGCUAACGGAGUACGGCCAGUUCACGAAAACCUCAUCAAUAGGGCGUCCUGCAUCAUUAUUGUGACUGCCGACGCCAAUCGCAAUCUGUACCAGGCAGGCUUUACGAAGCACGUAGGCAUGAUAUGCUCCAUGCUUAGGAGCCGCGGCCAGAAGAAACAGAUUAUCGUGGUUGCCGUGAGCUCACCCUACGAUUUCGCCAUGGACAAGUCCAUCGGCACCUACAUCUGCACAUUUGACUUCACCGAGACGGCCAUGCACGCUCUAGUACGUGCACUCAUGGGAGAGUUUACGCCGACCGGCAGCCUUCCCGGGACGCUCCGAAAGAGCAAAAAGACUCUCAAGGCCAGGCAGCACUGGCUUGUGGAGGAGUAUGAUCGUGAACGUGACAGUUCUGGACUGGAUGACCUCCUGCGCGCCGUCCACCGUGCCAGUAACCCUGACCUAUCAUUCUUAGAGACGACGAGAGCGUCUACCUUUGGUCUCCUGAGCUCCAGCGUCGGGGAGGCACAUUUCGUAGUCCGCAACAGCAGCACACACGCAUUAUAUGGAUUCGUCGCAACUUAUUACACGUCGGGCACGGGGGCCAUCGGGGCGCUGUUCGUCGAUCCAUCGAAGCGCAACGUCUCUAUUGGCCGUUCGCUCCUCCGGCGGGCAAUCAAGGGUCUGAAGCAGCAGAAGGGUAUCAACAAGAUUCAGGUGGGUAUGUGUUUCCCCGGAGUCUUCCUGGGCGUCCCCAACGACGUGGCCGUGAGUCCACUGAAGGAGUGGUUCGGCAACAGUGGUUUCGACAUACAAUCCCCUCGGCGCGUCAUCAACAUGAUGAUCCCCGACUUGGCAGGCUGGGCCCCGCCUGAGGGCCUCCUGCAGAGUAUUCAACGGGCCAACAUCAGCUUUGACCUCAUCCAUGGGCUCGACAAUGCUGAGAACGUACUCUCCCACGUGCGCACCAAUUCCAAUCCCGAGGUGCUCGAACUGUACAAGGCUUCCCUCGCUGAGACAAAAGCUUGCGGAAUCGUGCGCGCAAAAGACCCGUCUGGCAACCUGCUGGGUACCAUCAUCAUCUGCAGGCAGAAUGGUCCACUGUUGGCUCACAUCCCCCCGCUCAUCUCGGGAAGUCACGAUGUCGGUGUCGGUGGUAUUCUCGCGCCGAUUAUCUUGCCUGGCCCGAUGUCUAUAUUGGCUCUACAGGGAUUGGCACUCAUGGGUGUACGCCAAAACAAGAGCCACAAGGCUAGCAAGACCGUUCUUAGCUGGGCUAUUGAUGAAACAUAUGAGCCUCUUCUUGCCAUGGGCUUCGAAAUUCUGCAAGCCUUUGAGGAAAUUUCCAACUCGCCCGACAAUGUUGGUUUUAGACCCCCUUUGUAA